GUGGAGGUACCUACAGAAAGACGUGUGAAACGCUGGGGUUUAUCGGUACAAGAGCUUGUCAAGGACCCAAUUGGACGUCAGGUGCGAGAUACUUACCAAUUAUUUGCCAUUUGCACAACAGUACUCGAAACUUUCCUUGAAUCUGAGUUUUCUUCGGAGAAUAUUCGAUUCUGGAUCGCCAUUCAAGACUUGAAGUAUUCUCCAAACGAUCAGAUUGACCAGAAAACUGAACGUAUCUAUGAAGAAUUCCUAGCACCUGGAGCACCUGCACAGGUCAACGUUGAUUCCCGAACACUGGAUCAAACACUAGAUUGUCUGCAAAAGGCAACAAACGCUUCGAUGCGACGUCAUGCUUUUACGCAUUCAGAGGAACAUGUUUUUACCCUUAUGGCUAAAGAUUCUUAUCCAAGAUUUGUUCGAUCACAGAUCUACAAAGGUGUCUUAUCAGCCGCGCAACAGCAAGGCUCAAGACGAUUAGGAUGGCGAAAUUUCAUUUUCAACAUGGGAGCAGCAAAAAAGCCGCAGUCCAAACCAGCGAAACGGGAUGAACUGCAUUCACAAAAUCUCCCAAAGCAGCUCAGUUCGGAUUCGCUACCAGUUCGAACGGCACAUGCUGUUAGGUGAAU